GGAAGUAUCCUGACUGGACUGUUGCAGUUUGCAAGGGGCGGUGGCGGCGGGAGAUUCAAACCUGGGAGUAGGAGAAGUAGGAGCUGGAACUAAAGCCGGAGCUGGAGGAGGAGGAUGGAGGGGAGCGAAGCAAGGCCCGCCAAGGCGACUUAUGAGCGCCUUACGGCAGAGGAGAUGGAUGAACAGAGGCGGCAGAAUGUUGCUUAUCAAUAUCUAUGCCGCCUGGAGGAGGCCAAACGUUGGAUGGAGGCCUGCCUGAAGGAAGAGCUGCCUUCUCCGGUGGAGAUGGAGGAAAGCCUUCGAAAUGGGGUCCUUUUGGCCAAAUUAGGACACUUUUUUGCCCCUGAUGUGGUUCCCUUCAGAAAGAUCUAUGACUUGGAGCAGAUGCGGUAUAAGGCAAAUGGUCUACACUUUCGUCACACCGAUAACAUCAACUUCUGGCUGACUGCCGUGUCCCACAUUGGACUACCGAAGACCUUUCUUCCUGAGACAACAGACAUCUAUGACAAGAAAAACAUGCCACGCGUGAUCUAUUGCAUCCAUGCCCUGAGUCUCUUCCUCUUCCGACUGGGAUUGGCACCUCAGAUCCAUGACCUGUAUGGCAAAGUAAAAUUUACAGAGGAGGAGCUCAACAACAUGACUUCAGAGCUGGCUAAGUACGGGCUGCAGCUGCCAGCAUUCAGCAAGAUUGGGGGCAUCCUGGCUAGUGAGCUUUCUGUGGAUGAGGCUUCUGUCCAUGCUGCCGUCCUUGCCAUCAAUGAAGCGGUGGAGAGGGGGGUAGUGGAAGACACUCUGGCUGCACUGAAGAACCCCAACGCCAUGUUGGGGAACCUCCGGGAGCCCUUGGCUGCUGUCUACCAGGAGCUGCUAGCCCAAGUAAAGAUGGAAAAAGUGGCUAACUCCAGGAACUGGUACCUCCAGGACAAUGGAGACAACCAUGACAUCUAUGACCGAUACCUGACUCAGGCAGAGAUACAGGGCAAUAUCAAUCAAGUCAAUGUUCAUGGAGCUCUGGAGACCAUUGACGAGUCUCUGGAAAAACAGAACUCGGAGGCCUUGCUCGAAGCCCUCUCUGACCCAGCUUUGGGCCUCCGUGGAGUACGGAGGGAUUUUGGUGACUGGUACCUGGAGCAGCUGAGUUUAGACAGAGAACAGAAAGCUCUGGAGCUGGGCCUGGCAGAGCUCCUGGAGAAGGAGGAGAUCCAGGCGGGUGUAGCUGCAGCCAAUGCUAAAGGCGAUCAAGAACUUGCUAUGCUCCAGGCCGUGGGCCGGAUCAAUAGGGCCAUCCGGAGAGGGCUGGCUGCCGACACAGUGAAGGAGCUCAUGUGCCCUGAAGCCCAGCUGCCUGAAGUGUACCCCUUCGCUGCGUCCAUGUACCAGCAGGAACUGACGUUGAUUCAGCGGCAACAGCAAGGAGAACUGGCUCAAGAGGAACUCUUUGUGGCUUUGGAGAUGCUCUCUGCCGUUGCUCUGAUUAAUCGGUACCUGGAGGCAGGGGAUGCUGGGGGCUUCUGGAGCAGUCUGUCGAGCCCAGCUUUGGGUCUGGCUGACGUGGAUAGAGAGAAUGCCCAACGUUAUUUCGAUGCUCUGGGAAGGCUGCGGCAGGAGCAGAGUGUGGCUGGGGCCUUCCUGAGCUGGAAUGACUUGCAGGCCACCGUGAGCCAAGUCAAUGGUCAGGUCCAGGAGGAGUCAGAGCAGAUCCUGGCGGUCAGUCUCAUCAAUGAGGCCCUGAACCAGGCAAACCCAGAGAAGACCUUGACUGCCCUGCUGUUGCCCUCUGCUGGCCUGGAUUGUGUCACCCUACCCGUUGGCCCCAGGUACCACCAUAUCCUGACGGCAGCCAAGAAAAGGAAGGCCCAGGUAACAAGGGACCCCGGAGCCGCGCUGUGGUUGGAAGAGAUCCGCCAGGGAGUGGCCAAAGCUAAUCAGGAGACAGAAGCAGCUCUGAAGAUGGCGCUUGGCGUGGCUGCCAUCAACCAAGCCAUCAAGGAGGGCAAGUCUGCCCAGACCGAACGAGUGCUACACAACCCGGCUGUGGCCCUCUACGGGGUGCUCACAGAGUGUGCCAGCGGCUACCAGAGAGUCCUGCAGGCUUCCAUGGCCAGGAAGAAGCAAGCAGGAAGCAAGCUCUUCUGGGUCCAGCAUCGAAUGAAGGAUGGAGCUGCCUUCUACUUCCACCUGCAGACUUUCCAGGGGACCUGGGAACGCCCUUCUGAUUGUACCCUAAACACUUCGCACCUCUCUCGGGAAGAGAUCCAGGCAGCAAUCACAUCAGUUACUGCUGCCCACGAUCGACACCGUCUUUGGAUAUCCAAUGUUGGCUUUGUCAUCCAGCUCCAGGCCCGGAUGCGGGGCUUCCUUGUUCGUCAGGAAUUUGCCAAACAUUCCCACUUCCUAAGGACCCAGCUCCCAGCUAUUAUCAAGAUUCAGGCUCAUUGGCGAGGCUACCGGCAAAGGAAAACCUACCUAGAACGGAUGAGGUUCUUAAGGGCAAACGUGGCUUCUGUGACAAAGAUCCAGGCUUGGGUCCGGAUGUGCAUAGCUCGCAAAAGAUAUCGGGAAAGACGACGUUUUUUCCGGAAGAAUAUUCGUUCCAUUGUGAAGAUCCAGGCAUUUUUCCGAGCCAGGCGAGCCCGGGAUGACUACAGGAUGUUGGUCCGAGAUCGACACCCCCCUCUCGCUGUGGUGCGGCGAUUCGCCCACCUCCUGGACCAGAGGCAGCAGGACUUCUGGGAAGAGGCUGAGCUGCUGAGGCUCCAGGAAGACGUGGUCAGGAAAAUCCGGUCCAACCAGCAGCUGGAGCAAGACCUCAACCUCAUGGACAUCAAGAUCGGCCUGCUGGUGAAGAACCGAAUCACACUGCAGGAAGUUGUUUUGCACAGCAAGAAGCUGACCAAGAAGAACAAGGAGCAUCUGUCAGACAUGAUGGCACUAGACAGGCAGAAAGGAUUAAAGUCACUGAGCAAAGAGAAACGGCAGAAGUUAGAGGCCUACCAACACCUCUUCUACCUGCUCCAGACCCAGCCCAUCUACCUGGCCAAGCUGAUCUUCCAGAUGCCACAGAACAAGACCACAAAGUUUAUGGAGUCAGUCAUUUUCACCCUGUACAAUUAUGCCUCCAAUCGCCGAGAAGCCUACCUCCUUCUCCAGCUCUUUAAGACGGCCCUCCAGGAGGAAAUCAAAUCGAAGGUUGAGCAGCCCCAGGAUAUGGUGACGGGCAGCCCGACGGUGAUCAAGCUGGUGGUGAGCUUCUACCGCAACGGCCGAGGACAGAGCGCCCUGCGGGAGAUCCUGGGCGGGGUGAUCCAGGGCGUCCUGGAGGACAGGACGCUCAGCGUCUAUACGGAUCCCAUUCAUCUCUAUAAGACAUGGAUCAACCAGACGGAGGCCCAGACUGGCCAGCGGAGCCACCUCCCCUACGAUGUUACCCCUGAGCAGGCCCUGAGCCAUCCCGAGGUCCAGAGACGGAUGGACAUCUCCGUACGGAGCCUUCUUACUGUGACGGAGAAGUUUCUUACAGCGAUCCUCUCAUCUGUGGACCAGAUCCCGUACGGGAUGCGUUACGUUGCAAAGGUCCUGAAGACUUCCCUGGCCGAGAAGUUUCCCAGAGCCACGGAAGGUGAGAUCUGUAAGGUGGUGGGGAACCUCCUUUAUUACCGAUUCCUGAACCCAGCCGUGGUGGCCCCCGACGCCUUCGACAUCGUGGCCUUGGCCGCAGGAGGGGCCCUGAGCUCCUCCCAGCGCCACAUCUUGGGUGCCGUGGCGCAGCUCCUCCAGCAUGCUGCAGCCGGCAAGCCCUUCUCGGGGGAGAAUGGGCACCUUCGGGUCCUGAACGCCUACGUGGAGGAGACACACCUCAAGUUCAGGAAGUUCAUCUGCAAAGCGUGCCGGGUCCCCGAGCCUGAGGAGCGCUUCGCCAUGGAUGAGUACUCAGACAUGGUGGCUCUGGCCAAGCCUGUGGUCUACAUCACCGUGGGAGAGCUCGUGAACACUCACAAGCUCUUACUGGAGCAUCAAGACUCAAUUGCACCAGAUCACCGGGACCCCCUGCAUGAGCUCUUGGAGGAUCUCGGGGAGCUGCCUACAGUCCCGGCCCUGAUAGGACAGAAUUUGGCUUCAGAUGGGAACCUGGACAUGAGCCAGCUAGAAGUCUCCUUGACGCUCACCAGCAAAUUUGAGGGACUUGAAGCUGACCCUGAAGACACUAACACCAGGAGCCUCUUGCUGAGGACCAAGCAGAUGUUGGUCGAUAUCAUCCAGUUCCAGGCAGGAGAUUCCCUUCAGGACAUCCUGUCUUUUCUACCAUCAGGAGAACAGGAAGCUGCCCAUCACAUACUGAUGUCCAGACGCCAAGCCUUUGAGGCCCAGACCCCAGAGCCGCUGAAGCGGCGUCGAUCCCUGACUGCCCAGUCCCUUCUAUCAAUCAGGGAAAAGCAGCGGAGGGUCCUGAAGAACCUGCGUCACCUUGAGAGUCUGGGCCUCGUGACUUCUGCUGACGGCUACCAGGGGCUGGUGGAUGAGAUGGCCCAGGAUAUCCGAAACCAGCGCCGUCACCGGCAGAGAAGAAAGGCAGAGCUGGUGAAGCUUCGGGCCACCUUCCAGGGCUUGCAGGCCAAGACAGCCUUCUACGAGGAGCAAGGCGACUAUUAUAACCAAUACAUCCGCACCUGUCUGGACAGCCUGGCCCACAGCAACAAGAGCGACAGAAAGGGGAAGAAGCAGCCAUCUCUCCAUUACACUGCUGCCCAGCUCUGGGAAAAGGGGGUCUUGGUGGAAAUCGAGGACUUACCAGUCACUCAUUUUCGCAAUGUAAUCUUUGACAUCAUUCCUGGGGAAGAGGCAGGAAAGUUUGAGGUGAAGGCCAAGUUCAUGGGUGUGGACAUGGAAAGAUUUCAGGUUCACUAUCAGGACCUCCUCCAGCUCCAGUACGAAGGUGUGGCCGUCAUGAAACUCUUCAACAAAGCCAAAGUCAACGUCAACCUCCUCAUCUUUCUUCUCAAUAAGAAGUUGUACCUGAAAUGAUGGGUUGGAAUGAGAGGCAUGAAACAUCCCUUUACCCCAUCCCAGAAUUUUUUAACACCCUUAUAUUCUGUCUUGGAACCUAUACCAAGUAUUGACUCCAAGGCAGAACAGUGGGAAGAGCUAGGCAGUGGGGGUUAAGUGACUUGCCCAGGGACACACAGCUGGGAAGCACCUGGGGCCCGAUUUGAACCCGGGACUUCUGUACUCCAGGCCUGGCUCUAGCCACUACGCUGCCAAAUUGCCCCCACACACCCAUUCCAGAUGUUUUAAGGGAAAAAACGCAGCCUGUGCCUACUAAGAUGCCAAAGGGCAGGGACCCCGAUGCCAGCCUCUGGGGCGUUGGUACGAGCUUUCUCCUCCAUGGUUCCCUCCUUUGCUCCUGAAUCACAGAAUCUCCUGAAGCUGGCAGAAGAUGCUGGUCCUCCAACCCAGGCCGCGCAGGCGCACAGGCACCCGGCCACGCCCUCUCGCUCCCGACUCCAGCUUUUGCCCAAAGAACCCCCACCCCGCUGGGGCAGCUUACUACCUCCCAAGUCCGCAAGUUGUCCUGGCCAAAUCCCGACUGCCUUCAGCCGCUCUCCAGCCACUAAUCCUCCCGCCCCUCAGGCCUGCGCUGCCCCAUCCUAGGCACUGUCCUGCCUGAGUGGAAGAGGGACCCCUGGGCAGAGAACAGCAGGAGUGCUGAACCUCCUAGGACAGGGCGCCUCUGCUGGCCGGAGCCGGACCUACAGGAGGGGGAGGCCGGGCUGGGGAUUGUCCACCUUGGCCCUUAGGGGCUGACUCUUCCUGCGUCGUGUAUUCAGACUCAGUGCGGGGUGGUAGUAAAGUGAUUGCACCUGCUGCUCUCUAGUGGCAGACUUUGGUAUUACAAGCACCGUUCUUGGCCCUGGCUCCUGGACUUUCUGAUCCCCUGAGGCUUAAUAGGGCAUAGGGGUAGAGAUUUGGAGCCAGGCAGGACCUUAGAGGUCGCCUCACUGACCCCCUCACGUUACAGAUGAAGAAACUGAGGCCCACAGACUUAGAGUGACAGAGUGACUUGUGAGGGACCUUUAGUAAGUGGCAGAGCCCUGAUCUGACCCCAGGGGAUAGAUCCAAGCAGCCCAAAGCUGCUCUCAGUUUCCCAGGAAGGCUCUCCUGCUAUUGGAAUCCUUGUUGCCCUUCUUUUCUAAACUAUUUUUCACAAAAGCCUAAUCAAUGAAUAUUCAUGGCGACUGUUGGAGGACUAGAUGAAUUGAGAGUCAGGUGGAGGAGGUCCUGGGUUCAAAUUUGGCCUCGGACUCUUCUUAGCUGUAUGACUUUGGGCAAGUCACUUAACCACCAUCACUUAGCCCUCAGUGCUCUUCUGCCUUAGUACCCAAUAUUUAGUAUUGAUUCUACAACAGAAGGUAAAGAGAUUGGGGGGGGGGGGGUUAAGCACCCACUAUGUUCCAGGUACUGCUCUGGGGAUUUAAAAAAAAAUGCAAAGAAAGGCCCUGCCCUCAAAUCUCUUACCAUCUAAUGGGCUGAAAAAGGAGAGGUAGCCUACUACUUGGUACCAGUGAUGGGUCUUUCUCUCCAUUAUGGUAAAUAAAACUUACCCUAUUUUAACCUCUAAUUUCAUUCCUCCCUCAACCCAACCUUGUUAAAAAUUAUUUUAUUCUUGCAUCAAUUAGAGUAUUUAUUUCCUCACUACCAUUACUCAGAGUGACCAUAUUCUUAGCCACAGUAUUCAUUGUCUUCCAUGUAUUUGAGCUCACUUAACUCGCGGGCCAAAAGGGUUCUUUUAGUCAAAAAUUGCUUCAUGUCCAUACCAAUAGAAAAUUCUUCCCUUUAUAUUUAAAAUCACCUGUUAGGGCCCAUAGGGCUCUCUCUUUUUUUAUAUUUAAAUGUUUUCUAUUCAGUUCAAUGUGGCUUACAUGGUUCUCCCUUUCUUCUGUCCCAGAUGCUCGAUUUUUAUUCUGUUCUCUGAUUUAUCCAUGUGGCCUCUCCAGGUCUGUUGGUCUGUCACUGUAUUUCUUCCUGUCCUGUUAUAUAUUGUCUGGUUUGGUUUUGAAUAAAAUCUGUUGUUAUAACCA